AUUCCUUCUCUCCAAGCUAUGCUGCCAGAGUGCUGUAUGUGUUUCCAAAAGCAACAAAAAGUGAAUGAGUCUUUGUCGUUUAGGUUCACUUGCUCUGAUGGCUUUAGAUACCAUUGAAAUUCUGAUACUUUCUAAAUCUAUAUCUUCAGCUUAGAUCUUUGUCCUGAACUCUGGGAUCAUUUAUCUAAUUGCCAUUUGGACACCCCCACAGGUCAAAUUGUGUUUAUCUCAUGACAGCCCUGGAUCAUUCACCUAGACGUGGUUCUGUGUGUACUUCCAUUAAUGUGGGGUUGGUGUCCUUUGAGGAUGUGGCUGUGGACUUUACCUGGGAGGAGUGGCAGGACCUUGAUGAUGAUCAAAGGACUUUGUACAAAGAUGUGAUGCUGGAGACCUAUAGCAACCUGGUGUCAUUGGGGCACUGCAUUACCAAACCUGAGGUGAUCUUCAAGUUGGAGCAAGAAGCAGAGCCAUGGACAAUAGAAGAACACCCAAAUCAGAGCUUACAAGGUGUCAAGGUAGUCAAUGACCUAAUUAAGAAAAGCCAAGAAAGUCAUGGUAGACAUUUGUGGGAAGUUGUAAUCACCAACAGCAAAACGUCAACUGAUGAGAGAGUUGAAUUAGGAAAAACAUUUCAUCUGAGCUCAAAGCAUAUUUCAAAUCUGAUUAUAAGUAAUGGAAACUAUUCAGGAAUGAGACGUGAGGAGUUAAAUGUAUGGCAGAAUCCACUUCUUCCUAGACAGCCUGAUGAGACCCAUGUUGGUGAGAAAACUGAUGACCAUAACAUAACUGGAAAAUCCUGCAGACAUAACGAGCAUCUUAGUCAGCAUCACAAGAUUCAAACUGGGCAGCAGCCUUUUGAAUAUAGUGGACAAGGGAAAGCCUUCAACACAGAGGCAAUAUUAUUUACACAUAAGAAGGUUCAUAUGGGAGAGACCUCCUGUAAAUAUAAGGAAUAUGGGAAAGUCUUUGAUAAGUCAUCUCUCAUGGACCAUGAGAUAACUCAGGUAGGGAGGAAAACUGUUCAGUAUGAUGGAUGUGGGAAAAUGUGUAAAAAGCCUAAACUUACUGAACAUCAGAAAAUACAAACAGGAGGAAAACCUUGCAAAUGUAGUGAAUGUGAGAAAUCCUUAAUUAAGAAACCACUCCUAACCAUACAUCCGAGAACAUCUACAGGGGAGAAGCCCAACGCUUGUAAUGAAUGUGAGAAAUUUUUUUAUCAGAAGUCAGACUUUACUAGGCAACAGAUAAUUCACACAGGUGAGCGACCAUAUGAAUGUAAAGAAUGCAGGAAAACUUUCAACCGGAAAUCACAUUUCAGUGUACAUCAGCGAACUCACACAGGUGAGAAACCAUAUGAAUGUAAUGAAUGUAGGAAAUCUUUCUACAGUAAGUCAGCCCUCAGUAGACAUGAGAUGAUUCACACAGGUGAAAAGCCCUAUGAAUGUAAUGAAUGUGGAAAAACAUUUCACCGUAAAUCAUACCUCAGUGACCAUAAGAGAAUUCACACGGGGGAGAAACCAUAUGAAUGUAAUGAAUGUAGAAAAUCUUUCAAACAGAAAUCAGCCCUGAAUGUGCAUCAGACAAUUCACACAGGUGAGAAACCAUAUGAAUGUAAUGAGUGUGGAAAAACCUUUCACCAGAAAAUACUCCUCAGAAGACAUAAGAGAACUCACACAGGUGAGAAGCGAUAUGAAUGUAAAGAAUGUGAGAAAACUUUUUACUAUAAAUCACACCUAAGUGUACAUCAGAGAACUCACACAGGUGAGAAGCCAUAUGAAUGUAAUGAAUGUAGGAAAUCUUUUUGCCGUAAGUCAGUACUCAAUAUACAUGAGAGGAUUCACACAGGGGAAAAGCCCUAUGAAUGUAACGAGUGUGGGAAAAUCUUUCGUCGUAAAUCACACCUCAGUGUUCAUAAGAAAAUUCACACAGGUGAGAAACCAUAUGAAUGUAGUGAAUGUGGGAAAUCUUUCUACCAGAAAUCAGCCCUCAGUAUACAUCAGAGAAUUCACACAGGUGAGAAACCAUAUGAAUGUAAAGAAUGCAGCAAAUGUUACUGCCAGAAGUCAGCCCUCAUUGUACAUCAGAGAACUCAUACAGGUGAGAAACCAUAUCAAUGUAAUGAAUGUAGGAAAUCUUUCUACCAGAAAUCAGCCCUUAGUAUACAUCAGAGAACUCAUACAGGUGAGAAACCGUAUGAAUGUAAUGAAUGUGGAAAAAGGUUUUGCCAGAAGUCAGUCCUUACUAGCCAUGAGAGAAUUCACACUGGAAAAACCUUAUGCAUACAGUGAGUGGAAAAACAUUUCACAGGAAGUCAUACCUCAGGAUGCAUUAGAAAAUGCUUCUAGAAGUGAAAUCCUCGACUGUACAGUUGUUCCUCCAUUUCCACGGGGGAUUGGCACCAGGACUCCCUGUGGAUGCCAAAAUUUGCAGAUGCUUAAGUCCCUCUUGCAAAUAGUGUAGUAUUGGUGUAUAACCUAUGCUCUUCCUGCUGUAUACUUUAUAUCUUAUGUAGAUUACCUAUAAUACUGAAUACAUGUGUGAUGUAAAUACUUAUACUGUCUUUUGUGUUAUUUCAUUGUUCUUUAAUUGUUUUUUAUUUUUAUCAAAUACUUUUCAUCCAUUGUCGCUUGUAUCUGUGAAUGUGGAACCUGAGGAUAUGGAAGGAUAACUAACGACUGUGAAAACUUUUUUUGUCAAAACUCGCAGCUCAGCAGGCAUCAAAGAACUCAUGCAUGGGAGAAAUUCUGUAUGGCAGAGAGUCUUGUGGAAACAGCCUGCAUACUCAGCCU